AUGCCUGGCGACCCCGAGCCCAUGGCAGAGACUUCUGGUGCGAUGGUCGUGGCCCCAGCGCGCGUUCCUCGGGCGGAACCAGGGAUCAACGACCUCCCCCGCGACCUACUGCCCCGCGUCCUCUCCUGCCUGGACGCGCGCGAGGCCGUGCAGACGUGCGUGCUGUCGAAGCUGUGGCGCGACCUCUGGCGCGACGCGCGCCGCAUCAACGCCUCGUGCCCCGCGUUCGAGAUCGACGGCGGCGGACUCGACGACCACGGCAGGUCGCUGUUCAAGGAGUUCGUCAACCGUCUGCUUAUGCUCCGUAACCCGGUUUCCUUGGACGAAUUCCGCCUCUGGUACUACAUCGACGGUGACAGGCUCAAUGCUGACGCCGCAGAACCUAACCUAUGGAUCCGCCACGCUUUGCUCUGCGAAGCUCGGUCUGUCGAGAUUUUCGCCUGGCAUGAUAAAUUGGAACUCAAUCCUGCAGUCUUUACUUCAGAGCACCUGACGAGCCUGCUUUUAUACUCAGUUGUUUUGACCAACGGUUUCUUUAAGCAACUCCAAAAUGGGUGCAAGACACUGGAACGUCUCAUCUUACAGGAAUGCCCCAUCAAUGACAUUGAGAUUGCCUCCCAGACAAUCAAGUUCUUGUCCAUCGGGCAUAUUUGUUGGUUUCACCCUAGGCCUUAUGAUCCGGCACAUCAGCCAUCUCUCUCUCUUCCAAACCUGAUUCAUCUUGGCUUCUUUGAUCAUUUGGCUUAUGAUGGUGACAGAAUACCUUUAGUGAAGAACAUGGAAUCACUACAGACAGCUUACAUUGAUCUGCUUAAGUACAAUGAUUUACCGGUUGAUGAUAUCCGUCAAUUUCUCUUGGGCCUUUCUGGUGUCACAAAAUUGGAGUUCUGUUUUGGUUUUGGACAAGAAGAGCUGAUGAUGGGAAUGGAUUUGCAAUGGUGCCCGAAAUUCAACAAUCUGAAGUUCCUGAGUCUCGUCAACUGGUAUCUGGAUGCAAAUUUCUAUGGACUGAUAGCCUUCCUUCAGAACUCACCUAAUCUGGAGCAUCUAACUCUGAGUCUCAAACUGAAACAGCAUGCUAAAGUACCUGGAGCACUCAUGGGUUGGGCUGGAAAUAGACUGUUUACAUGCGAGCAUCUUAAGACUGUUGAGAUCAUUUGCUCGAAGGAUGAUCCCGCGGUCCACAGCCUCAGGGAGUUUUUGCUUGCGGGUGGCAUAUCCGAUGGUCAGAUUCAUAUCAAGCACUAG